AGAUCAGUGUUGUGUUUUCCUCCUACAAAAUUUUACUCUAUUUUGUGUUGUUUUUUGUUUAAAUUUCGAUAACAUCGCAAGGUUUUGGGCUGAAAAGAUACUCGAUACUUCACAAGAUGUCGGCCAGUGGUUUACCGGAGUUUUGGGAGAUGAAAAUUGACCCGUCUAAUGGCAAACCGUUUUUCAUUGAUCAUCGUAACAGGGUGACAACUUGGCAAGAUCCACGUAUCAGUAACAUCGGCAAUCAAAAUGCGGGAAUGCCUGUGUCUAGUUCAGAGCCCUACAGCCAUGGAAAGCAACCACAGUGGUCUAAGCCGUCGCUAUACCCUUCCACGCAGGAACUAACCCAAUCUCUGGAAGGUUUGCAGUUGCCGCAGAGAAAUGACGAGAAACCUUCAAUUCCUGAUGGCUAUUACAGACAAAACUCUGGACAACAGAAUGUUUCUGGACAGAAUUUUCCCACCUCAAUGAGCAAGCACGAAAUGACCUGGACAGGAAAUCAACAACCCUCAAUGGUAACUGGCCAGAGUCAGCAGCACCAUCAGGUAAACUACAAUGCACCAUACUCGGAUAACCAACAGAGCAGGACAAUGCCUGGAUCUUAUCCAAAUAACCUACCUAGUUCAACCGGCGGUGGGCCUGUGCCGCAGAUGGCUGGCCAGUAUGCGGGCACUCUGCAACCGGCGAACACUUAUUCAACUGGAUACAAUCAAAGUGUACCCAUGUCUGCGCCAAACACUGUGCCACAACAACAAACCUACAUACCGCAACAGCAACAAAUACCACAACAAGGACCACAACAAUUGCAACCGCAGUUGCCACAUCUCGCCGGGCAACCGCAAUUUCAACAGCCAAGACCUGCAAUGGGGGCACCUCAGCAAUUCUCGUCAUCACCCCAGGGUAUGGUUACAACACCAACUCAGAAUGUUGUACCACCUCAGGGAGUACCAAACAUGCAGAUAGGAAAACCCAGACCAAUGAUCCCACCCCAACAAAUGGCACCUCAAAGACCCGUAGGUACUCAACACCAGCAUGGUAUGCAACAAGUACCAAUGCAGCCCCAGCAAAAUCUACCAUCCCACCCUGUGUCUGCAAUGCAAUCACCACAGCCAAUGGUGACAGCAUACCAGCACACGAAUGCCCAACCCAACCUUCAAGGUAACAUCCAAACUGCCCCAAAUCAACCAUGGCCAACUGGACCAGGACAGCAAACCGUACCUUGGGGUGGGUACCAUAACACCCCACCACCAACCGAAAUGAAACAACCAGCACAGGAUGUUAAUUUACAAAACAAGCCUACAAGCCAACCAUACGGCAUGCAGGGUUAUCCUCAUCAGCAACACAUGUUUGCUGGGCAGACCCAGAACUACCAACCUCCCAUGGGCACCCAACCAUCGCCUGGAUCCCAAGGACUUGCGUCAUAUCCUAAGCACAGUCAGCCCGAACAAUAUGGUACGCCAAAUCCGAUGGUCCAAGGUUACAGAACACCUCAAAGUGGUAUGAUGCAGGUACCAAGAGGUGACCCUAUGCAGAACCAACCUGGCAUGGGUAACCAGCAACCUAUAGGAAGCAUAGCAAACUCAUCACAACCAUCAUUUCAACCUGGUCAAAUGACCAAUCAAGGGGGAAACCCAUAUAACCAACCCCAAGGCUGGAUCCCCCCACAAUCUGGCCAGGCACCAAGACAACCAUAUACCCCUAACUACCAAGGUGCACCCCAAAGCUAUCCAAAUUCAUCCCAGGUACACCCAAAUACCCCCUCAAUGUCCUAUCAUAACCCCUACAUGGCUAAUAAUACAGCAAGAAGUGAAUAUGGGCAGGGGAUUCAGCUGAUGCAAGAGACGUUGCCCCCCUUACCCAGUUUCCCAAUGAGGGGGGCACCCUCUGAUGUUCAUAUAAAAAAUAUCAACAGGAUUCUACAACAGACCUCAAUGCUGAUACCUCAGGUUGAACAGUUUAGGGGAAAACGAGCUACGAAAGAAUACGUGUACCUGGACGGUACCUUAACAGGAUACAUUCUUGAACUGGAUAAAAUCACAAUCGAUGGUUACGAAGAAGUCCGCGUGGCGCGAAAAUCAGCCAUACAAAGCAUUCAAAGUAUACUUAAUUACCUUGAAGGCAAAGGGGUGCUAUAGUGGCUCGAACUAUACUUUUGAAAGACAGAUGAUAUAAUCAUGACCUUACUAAAAAUGAUAGACUAAAAAUUUUCCAGAAAAAACUUAAGUUAUGCUCGACCAAGACCUGAACAAUCCACCAAUUUUGAAUGGCAAAAUAAUUAUUUACGAUUUAUUAAAGUUAUAUUUCUAUAUUUGCAUUCUAUAAAGCAAAAGUUAACGAUAAUAAAUUGUUUUGCUAUCCAAAACCAGCGGAUUUCAGGGCCGCAAAGUGUUCGUAGAAUCCUAGAAUUCUAUGUCCACGGUCUAUGAAAAACAAUAAUUUAUAUAUUGGUAUGAAAUGAAAACAAAAUGGACGAAGCAUGCUAAUGCGUGCAUUGCAAUUAAAAUGCAUGGAAUAUGAACUAUUAUUGUAUCAAAUAUCUUUAGAAAAAUUUAGAAUAGUUCUUUGAAAUAUUAAAAUGAAUUUUAUUUUAAGACAGUUUUAUGGAUGCUACCUUUACUGGACAACUACGUUUGAGAUAUCUUUCUCAGGUAGUU